AUGUUUAGCACCGCAGAGCGAUUGACGGAGAGGCAGGGGAGGAGCGGAACAUCGCGUCUUGAGUACAUACAGGCACUUGUCACUGAGUUCCAGACAACUGAAAGCGAAGAAGCAAAGGAGCAGAUUGUUGCUAACCUGGCCAAUUUCGCCUAUGACCCGAUCAAUUAUGAUUAUCUACGUAAGCUGAACGUGUUGGAGCUAUUUCUGGACUGUUUGACUGAGGAGAAUGCAAAGCUCGUUGACUUCGGGAUGGGAGGGCUUUGCAACGCUGUUGCAGGUGCGGGGGAGGUGCACGAUUCAGAGACAAUGAGAGAUCCAGUUAAUGCAUCAGCGAUUGCCACAGUGCCGGACAGCAUCCCCCUUAUAGUCGAUUGCUUGUCGAGCCCAGUUGAGAGCACUACCUUGUCUGCACUUGCCUGCCUUUACUACAUCUGCACUCCUCGCACCCGAUCAUUAAUUCUCACUCCCAGCCUGCUCGAAAGCAUCAAUAGCUUUGCUGCUGACGCCUGCCCCAAUCCACGCCUCCGCAAUCUUGCUGUUUGCUUUAUGAGGCAACACGUAGGGCCGGCUUCUGCUUCUGCUGCUAGUGAAUCACUAGGUCGGAUUUAUCAAAUUUAG